AUGGGGAACUCAAGAAGACAACAAUUUCCUCAUCAUCAAAUUGUAUAUGCCAUGACAUUUUGCUUGGUAAUUGCCACAAGUGUUGCAGCCUAUACACCUUAUAGUUAUUCCCCACAGGAAACCACGAAGCAAGAGAAACCUUAUUCCUCCGAAUAUAAGGUGCCAUCAAUUCCGAAAAGUACAUAUACUAAGGUGCCAUCAGCAUCGAAAGAGUACUUCAACGUGCCAUCAUUUCCAAAAGAAACUUAUACUAAGAGGCCAUCAGAAUCUAAAGAUUACUUCAAGGACGUGCCAUCAUUUCCAAAAGAUACUUACACAAAGGUGCCAUCAGAAUCAAAAGAGUACUACAAGGUGCCAUCAUUUUCAAAAGAUACAUACACUAAGGUGCCAUCAGAAUCAAAAGAGUACUUCAAGGCGCCAUCAUUUCCAAAAGAUACUUACACUAAGGUGCCAUCAAAAUCAAAAGAGUACUACAAGGUGCCAUCAACUCCAAAAGAUACUUACACUAAUGUUCCAUCAAAAUCAAAAGAGUACUUUAAGGUGCCAUCAUUUUCAAAAGAGAUGUAUACUAAGGAGCCAUCAAAAUCAAAAGAGUACUUCAAGGUGCCAUCAUUUCCAAAAGAUACUUAUACUAAGAGGCCAUCAGAAUCAAAAGAGUACUUCAAGGACGUGCCAUCCUUUUCGAAAGAUACUUAUACUAAGGUGCCAUUAGAAUCAAAAGAGUACUAUAAGGUGCCAUCAGCUUCUAAAGAUACUUACACUAAAGUGUCAUCAGAAUCAAAAGAGUACUUCAAGGUGCUAUCGUUUCCAAAAGAUGCUUAUACUAAGGUGCCAUCAGAAUCAACCAAGUACUUCAAGGAUGUGCCAUCAUUUCCAAAAGAUACCUAUACUAAGGUGCCAUCAGUCUCCAAAGAGUACUAUAAGGUGCCUUCAAUUCCAUCCGAAUCAAAAGAUAAUUACAAUUAUGAGCCACAAGUCCAUCAACAUGUUCACGAAGAUACUCACAAUGAGGAACCAUCAGUAACCCAGGAUUACAACAAGGUACCUUCCAUGUCAAAAGAUAACUAUGAAUACAAAGUGACAUUACCAAAACCUUUCUUUAAAUUACCACAUGUUGCUCAAUAUCGUCACCGCAAUUUGCCAUCACCAAAGAACUCAGAGAACUACCAAUAUCCUCCUCCUCCAUACAACUUCCAAUCUCCUUCUCCAUCCACUCCAUCUCCACCACCCCCUUAUUACUAA